UCUAAACUCCACACAUAAACUCAAGAGAGAGCAGAGACAGACCAGAACAACGAAUCUGUCUUUCUCUGUCAUUGAUUUGCGAGUUCACAGCCCAUGAUUCGGACUGUGCUGCAGCCAUCUGGCUAAGACAACAGACAAAAAGUAUAACAUCUACAAUCUGAAACAUGAAUUGUGCAAGAGUUCUCCACGCCUUUGGGACUCAUCCCCAGCCAGCUGUGAUGCCAGUUAACCUCGCGAUGUGUCUGAGCUUCAGCCAGCAUCAACCUCUUUAUCAGCUGCUGUCCAUGUCUCCCCUGAAACCCACCCAGUGUUGUUAUCAAACGACAAACUGCCCACCGAGGACCAGCUUUCACUCUCCGCAACCCUCAUCCUCUUCCCCUGACUCUUCAUCCUUAUUGCAGCCCCCCUACCCUGUGCCCUCAGAGCCUCGGAGCUGUUUCCGCAAGGAUGGCAGCGGCCUGAAUAAGAAGCGUGUGGUCUUUGCAGACACCAAAGGAUUGGCUCUCACUGCUGUGCGGCUGUUUAUCCCUGAGCCCUCUUCCCCUACAUCCGCUCUGAUUAUGAAUUCCUCUCUGGCCAAACUGCAAGGCCAAACCUCAAAUAAACUGCAGCGCUACAAGUUGCGGCUGGGUUUCCCUCAGCCAACGCUUGACAUUAAAGCCUUCCUUGCACGUCUGAGAGACAUGCAUGUGCAGCUGGAAAGCUGCAACAUCUCAGAGCACUCCUUGAGUGGCAAAGUGUGUGUCUUCCAUGACGGUGCUGACAAAGCUGUGCAUGUGAGGGUGACAUUUGACUCUUGGCGCAGCCACCAUGACAUCCCAUGCACAUUCCUGCAGCAGCAGCGCUACAGGGGUUCAGAUAUGGAUGUUUUUGCCUUUGACUUAAGCUUACCAAAAAACAUUGAUCCAAAGGAGCGAGUGGAGUUUUGUGUGUCCUUCAGGCCUGGACCUGGAGCAACGCGACACUGGGACAACAACAGGGGGCAGAAUUACAGGGUGUGCAUGGCAAAAGAUGGAUCAAAUGGUUGCCAAAGUGAUGCUUACGGUUGUUACCCCACACUUUCACAACAGCGACCGCCGUCGUGGCCUUCACAUGUGACGCAGAGCUCUGCUGAUCAGUAUCUGCAGAGGAGUUUAUCAAGCAGAGUCAGAGCAGAGUGUAAGACUUUGUCUUCAACUAAGAAGAGCAGUGAAAUGAGCCCACACCCUCUCAACCGAACUAUGAAUGUGAAAAUAAUGUCUUGAUUAAGAAAUAUUUAUAAAAGAGUAAUGGACUUUUUUAAAAUAUACAGUGAAACCUGUUAAAAAACAGCUCACUCACCUGAGCUCAACUAUCCUGCUGAAAUGUGAAUAAAACAUGCUGUGUUAAUGUUC